AUAUUUUUUUUUUCCCGAUCACAUUCCUGCGUGAAACGCAAAUUCUUCAGGAACGAAGAAAGUGGACAAAAUCCACACAAACCGCGUCUCCACGCGCGCCGAGGUUCGAAAGCCUCGCGUAUGUUGUCUUUUUUUUUCUUUUUCUCUUUCCUGAAUGUGUUUGCAGCAAAGCGGCCAACUUUUCGCGCGGUUCGUCAACUCUUUCCUCGCUCAUAAAAGGAAUCGUCCGCUUCCGGAGGCAGCGUCACGACGGCGCUUCCGAGGACAUGCCGCUCCCCUCGGCCGGUGUCGUCGGGCGCACAGCGUUGGUCGGGCGUCAAGACGGGCGUACCGUCGUCGCCGGUGGGCGCGGCGGCGCGGGUCGGGCGGGCGAGCGGGAGGACGUACGCUGUCGUCAAGCGGGACGUGCGGCGCGUUUUGCACGGCGACCGGGGAACGUGGCGGCUGCGCUCGCCGCCAGGUGACUGUGAAGCUGGUUGAAGAAGAGGUCCGGGCUGCUGGCUGCUCCGGGGGCAGUGACCAGCAGCCGAGCCGUUCGCUCCCUCGCGACCAGCUCGCGCCGGGAUUCGCGCGCACGUGUGCCCGAGCUGCCAGGGCCGUCGGCGGACGCUUGACGCGCUCGUUGGGAACACGACCCGCCUUCUCAUCUUCGUCCGAGGGGGGCGAAGACCAAUGGCCGCCGAUCAUGUCUCAUGAACAGCCGCACCAGGAGCUGGUGAAAUGCGUCGUGGUCGGGGACACCGGCGUGGGCAAGACGCGGCUCAUCUGCGCCAAGGCCUGCAACACCAAGGUCUCCCUGCCGCAGCUCAUGACCACCCACAUCCCAACCGUCUGGGCCAUCGACCAGUACCGCAUCUACAAGGACGUCCUAGAACGUUCGUGGGAGGUUGUCGACUCCGUGAGCGUUUCACUGCGGCUUUGGGACACCUUCGGGGACCACGACAAGGACCGGCGAUUUGCGUACGGACGGUCGGACGUGGUGCUGCUGUGCUUCUCGAUCGCCAACGAGGCCUCGCUGACCCACUGCAAGACGGUCUGGUACCCCGAGAUCCGGCGCUUCUGCCCGGACACGCCCAUCAUCUUGGUCGGCUGCAAGAACGACCUGCGCCACAUGUACAGGGACGAGGAGUUCCUCUCGCUCUGCCGGGACCGCAGCCCCUUCUUUAGGGGGAACCAUCCCUGCGCCUCGUGCAGGUUUCCAGAAUUCGGAAGGUUGCUGUCUUUGUGUGGCAGGCCUCUCCGAGUCUUCGACAUUCUGCCGCCAGAGAAAGGUCGGGCUGUGGCAUUUGAAAUUGGUGCGUGCUACUAUGAGACGAGCGUGCUGACGCUGUACGGGGUGAGCGAGCUGUUUGAGAAUGUUAUCCGGGCGGCCCUGGUGUCGAGGAAGCAACACCACUUUUGGAUGACCAACCUCAAGCAUGUUCUCAGCCCACAACUGCAGGCUCCCUUCUGCCCCCCCAUGCCGGAGCUGGGGGAACUGGUUGUGCCCCCGAGUCAGUUCGAGGAGCACAUGGAGGUGCUGUUCAAUGCCCAGGCGUACACUGACGCCAUCUUUGUCUCGGAAGGAGUAGGCAUCCCCGCACACCGCUGGCUGCUGGCAGCCAUGUGCAGUGCCUUCCAGCAACUCUUCACCUGCGACAUCGAAAACCAGUCACUAGAGGAGGCAGAGAGCAUCAGCGAUGCGAGCAUGGAAAGCUCUUUGGACUCGUCCCAAGAGAGCGAAAAUGGCGACGCAGAACAGGCAAUUGCCGAGCGCCAACUACCUCUACAUUCUUUAUUCCGACUGACGGUACCCUACGGCAGUGACAGCGCGGUGACAAACUGCGUGCCUGUGCGACACCGAGACAGCUGCCAGAGGUACCCAGAAGGAGUGGGACAGGCGUCGGGAAGUCUUGCGGCAUGCCCGGCGGUCGUGCAGAACCUGAAUUACCUGCCGUUCACGGCUGCCGACGUGGGACAGUGCGAGAGGCUGGGCCAUCGAGGUGGACUGGUCGUCGUGCUGGCUACACAGGCUGUAACGUCUGCCGCUCUCCAGGAAUGUCUGAGGUUUUUGUAUACAGGUCGAGUUGACUUGACAGCUUGCCCAGUUGCCGAGAUUCAAGAAGCAGCAAGCCUGAUCAGUGUACCAGAGUUGAUGGCACAUACCAACAACAUUCGGAUACAGGAGGGCGGUGAAACUCUCAACACGGAACUUGUGGAGAACUUUCUGAAGAAGCGGAGAUCAAGGUUGAAAGAUGUAUGCCUCAACGAGAGCUUGUUUUCCGACGUGCUGUUUCAAUUGGAUGACGGCUUCUGUUCUGCUCAUCGGGCUCUGCUGAUGGCCCGAUGUGACAUGAUGGCUGCCAUGUUCAGGGGAGACUUCCGAGAAAGCUCAGCCAAAGUGGUGCACUUUCCGGGUGCUCGGAGGGAGUGCUUUGAGCGGCUUCUGACAUACCUGUACACGGACAGUGUGUCGGACAUCAUGAGCACCAACGAAUGCCUGGACCUGAUUGAGCUGGCCAACAGACUGUGCCUGCCACGACUCAUCUGCCUGAUGGAGCAGAAGGUGAUCUCGGAGCUGACUGCCCUGAGCAGCAAGGACGCAGAUGCCGCCCAUGUGCUGGCACUCACUCUGCUCGAGCCUAGCCAGAUCCACAACGCAGACCAGCUGGCAGACUGGUGCCUGCACCACAUCGCCAUCAAUCACGAAUACAUCAAGCAGCAACACAAGGCACUGUUGAGGAGCUUGCAUCCAGAGAACCAGGCUUAUCUGAACCAAAACCAGUGGCCUCCUACCUGGUACAACAAAGAGAUGCAAGUCUAUGAGAGAUUUUCCAGGGUGAACCGGUACAAGACCAAAGCAAAGAAACUCAGCUUCUGCCCAUUUUCCUUCAGGAGUUCCAAAGCCCCGAAACAACUACCCUGAAUGUGGUUCGAUGCUUGGAGCUGCCAUCUCGGCGACCGCUCGGCACAGCGAUGCCACCGAGCAGAAAGGGAGCGGUUGAUCCACCCCCACAGAAGAGGCAACCUGGCUUCCUUCCUCACCGCCGCAUCUAAUGAACCGUCGAGCCUUGCGCGGCGACUGUAACAAAAAUGCCCGGCCUCUGCAGGGGCAGCGUUGAAAUGUGUCCCAGUGCCCGUCGCGCACGCCUGAUUCAUGUUUCCCCAGGUAUGCACUAGUCGAGGUGGUGGGAGCCGAUACGCUCGCACUUUGGGGUUUGUACCGCGCCGUUGCAUGUUUGCUUUUUUUUUUUUCUUUUACCGCGACACUUAACAUUGUCGAAUGGGUGCCUUUUUUUAAGGGAGCGGCGCAGGUUUCGUCGCUCUUCGAGGUUGUGUAAUUUGUGUGACACGGGGUAGGGGGCGAGUCCCGCCUCUCCAGCGUACUCCAACUCGAGCGGGAAGGGGCGCAGAGUCGCGUCUUCUCUUAGAAUGGCUGGCCAUGAUUGAUGCGAAAGAUCGUCAUAUCCGUGCCUUGGUUCUUGCUCGCAUUGGCGCGAGCGAGGGCACCACCUCAGCACUUCGAAAGUCAGUCACUCAGACCCCACCGCCGUGCUUUUGUGCCUGUGUAUAUCGAGUAUUUGUGAUCGAAUGGUUUUGUCUCUUUUUUUUAAUUUUAUUUGCUACACAUAACUGCGCAGUGAUGGUUGGUACCUCAGCAUGCUGCAAACUAAUGUAUGCGAGCUUAUUUAAUUGAGCACAGUGAUGUGGAAAUUCCAAUGUUGGGUGCACGAGCGAGAAUGAUCACGAGACUUCCCCGCCUUUGAGAGUUCGCCGUCUGUUCCAGGUUGACCGAGUGUUUGAUUCCUUAGAAGGUCGUUUAUUUGCCAAGCUCACAUCUGUCUCCAUGUUGCUGUGACCAAUGAGCCUGAAUCCCCGGUAUUGAUAAGAAACUGUACCGUGUGUUCAAAAUUAAGUUUCACAAAUUUAAAGCAAAAAAAACUCCGACGUACACGACAUGUGCUUUUGCACCUUGUGGUGGUGACACUAUCACAAGGUGCAGUUUUAUUUUAGUUUGUGGAACUUGGUUUUGAAUACCUGGUAUAAUAAUUAAAGAACAGCAGCCUUUGUUUUGCCUUAUUAUUUUAUGGAGUCUUCAAACUUGCUGCUGAUUUGCUUCUGUCUCUUGUUUAGAGAUUUUUUCAGGGCUUUCUUUGGUUGGAAAUGUAGCAAGGCUUUCUUUGCCUCUUUUGUGUCUGAGACGUAAAUGAAUUUGCUUAUUUUCCAAUUGAGAUCAUGCCAUAAAUUGGUCUAGUUUGGUGGGUGUUUUAUUGUGGCACACACUUGCAGAAAAUCUUUGCGAGUUUCAAACAUCUAGCAUACUCCUCAGUUACCUAAAAGUAUGAUCAAACUGAUUUCCUCUUGAAGAAUAACCAACAGCAAUAGUGCUGCAGAGGAGAAUGAACAUGCUGUUUUCAACUUAUAUUUCGGAGGAACUUCAUAAGUAGUAGUAGCCGCACUGAUGAAGAAAACCUGAGGGUUCGCUUUUCCGCGGAGCACGCGGAUUGCCAAUCGCCGCGAUCGGCAGCAUGAUUUCAGCAGUUUACAGGGCAGAGAUAACGUCUUCACGCAAAGACACCAUCUGUGAAGAUUGCAUUUGUAUGGAGACUCAUGUUCUUGAUCUAGUUAUUUGCUAUGUUAUUUAUGGGCAAUGCCAUGAUUGGUUGUAUAUGUGCUUUGCGGGAAAGUAGACUCAAGGGCCUUGUUCAUAAAUGGUGUGGCUAUUAUUUGAGUAAAUACGGUAAAUUUAGCAGGGUCUCUAAACCAGUUUGAUGAUCCCGUUGUCACCUAAUGGCAAAAUUUUGAUUUCGCAAGCUAUUCCCAAUACUAAUGGCAUUUCAGAAAAUUUGUGAAAUAUUGAGCCCACAAAUGUGCCAAACUCUGACCCAAAUUCUGGCCUAAACGAGUUCUUAAGAGAAUAGAUUGGCUGGUUGAUUUAUAAUGCGAGUAGCGAGUAAGGUAGUAGUGUCGCUACCACAAUGACAGUAUAGGUGAAUGACAGGUACAGAUUUUAAGUGUUUUCAGGAUACACUGCAUGUUCUACGCCUGUGUUGCAUUGCUCCUACACGCGACUUUAUCUGAAGCACCACCAUACACAUGCUGCUCAUUCCCUUUAAUAUACUGGCCGCAUUGCACCAUUUGGGAUAAAAUUCCGAUAACUGCCAAUAGAUUUGUAUGUGCACCUAGGUUGGUAAGAACAGUGUUUGCCAGAUGAGAUGAAAAGACUCUAGUACUCCCGUCCCACGGCUCAUCGAAACAUGGGCCGCAUGCCUUUAAUGAGCUGGUGCACAUUUUUGUGCAAUGUGCGGGGGAUUUUUACCACUCCGACAGCGAUUGUUCCAGAACCACGAAUGAUCUGAAGUUGGGCGUCUUCGAGACAGGCGUGUGGUGUGGCUUUUGUAGCUGCUUGCCAUUUGCCUUGGCUUGUGUGCAAAGUGGCCGUUUGUUCAGACUUGCAACUGCACAUUUAGGUAAAGAAUUGCAGCACAUGGUAACCAGGAGUGUGCAGGUGGUGAUCCUGGAGUUGAAUUCAAUCAGGAUUGUGUACUGGAACUGGAAUACAAACCAAAUGGAGUUUAUGCUAGUGAUGUGGUGUGCACAGCUGUUACUGAAAAGCUUGGGCGUUUCUUGCAGCGAGAGCUGCACAAGUCGGUUAUUGCAGCCCAAUGCGUUUACCUUCCACUGAACAUAUAUAUAU